CAUACAUACCCUCUCCCUCAUCCAAACCAACAGACACACAGAGAGAGAGAGAUCCAGUCACACAUCUCAUAAAUAUCAAGAACAAAAACAAAGAUGAGAACUAUUCACAUCGCCAUCCUCGACACUGACGUCCCCGUCCCAACCAUCUACACUACCCGCGGUCUCUACAGUACCCAAUUCCAUGCUCUUCUCGCCGCAGCCACCACCCGUCUCAACCAACAUUCUUCCUCGGAGGAGGAGAAGGAGAUUCGCAUCCACACGACCGCCUACGACGCCGUCGGUGGCCACCUCCCCUCCUUCUCCAGCCUACUCACCACCCCCUCCCAUCCACCACCUAACCCUAAAGAAGAGGGGGCGGUAAACCCCCUCACCAUCCCCAUCUCCGCCCUCCUGAUCACCGGCUCCGCGGCCUCAGUCUACGACCCUACCCUCCCCUGGAUCCCCCCCUUAAUCGAUUUCCUGAGAACAGUAUAUGAGAACUACCCCCGGGUGAAGCUCUUCGGGAGUUGUUUCGGACAUCAGCUUAUUGCGUACUCUCUUCUUUCUACUUCCUCUGCUACGGGAGCAAAAAAGGGGAACGUGCGGGUCGAACGUUGUCCCCUCGGCAUGGAAAUCGGAUUAGCGAGGGUGACACUCUCCUCGGGGUUCGUGGAUGCGUUUCCCUGCUUGAAAGGGACGAAGGAGUGGAGGGUGCAGAUGGUGCAUGGGGAUUGGGUGGCCUCCUCGUUAUUAUCUUCGGAGGAGGGGGGGGGGGAGGGGGACGCGCUACCAGCCCCGUGGGUGAAUAUUGGGUCGACGGACCAGUGUCCCAUUCAGGGAUUGUAUGCUCCGGGCAGGGUGUUGUCGUAUCAGGGCCAUUUUGAGUUCGAUUCGGUGGUCAAUCGGGAAACCUGUGUGGAGUUUGGGAGGCGGUUGGGGUGGACGGAGGAAUCUCUUCAGCAAUAUGUGGAGGCGAUUGGGGAGGUGGAUGGCGAGGGGGAUGAUUCCAAGGUGGCGGCCGAAGUGGUGGUGCGAUUCCUGGCGGGAGAGGAUGAACCCACCGAGUACCUGUCCCCGGCAGAAAAAGCCGGGCUAAAAGAAAAGCUGGCAUCUACUCUCAGCCUCAUCGGCCAGUUGAUCAGUUGGUCGACCAGAACCUAA